AUGGGGUGGCCAUCACUCAUCAAAGGGACAAUGAACACUGGAAAUGAAAACAACGUGAAUAAUACUAGCAAGUACAUCAACACAAAUAAAGUUCUUAACCAAGCAUUGGAAUACCACUUGAUAACAUCCAGGCCUACUACUAAUAAUAUUAAAUUCAAACUCAAAGUUAAGUGGCAGGAUCCUCCAAGGAAUUGGUAUAAGCUCAAUUUUGAUGGGGUCUUUGACAAUAGCUGCCUCCAUAGAGGAAUUAGUGGAAUAAUUCCCAACAAUAAAGGUGACUGUAAACUGGGCUAUUAUGAGAAGUAUCCCACAACAUCUCCUAUUCAGGCAGAACUCCAAGCAUUACGGCAUGCACUUCAAAUAAUUAUCAAGGAAAACAUAUUCCCAGUUGAAGUUGAAACAAAUGCCACGGAGAUCAUACGCUUCAUUUAUGACGAUUAUCCAACUUAUAAUGAUUUAAUUCAUGAAUGCAGGUUGUUAAUGGAAAAGGCAACCCAGCAAGGGGAGAUCACAAUGAAGCAUAGCUUUCGUGAGGGGAACAUUGUAGCACACCAGUUGGCAAAAGAAUCUCUAAUGGAACCUCGUUAUAAUAAACCUUGUUAUUUGUCUUACCUCCUAUCUUUGUAA